AUGGAUUUCUCUGUUACAAGAAUAAAUCGAAGCCUGGUUUCACCUUCAGAACCAACACCAUCAGGCAUGCUCGAUUUAUCAGUAAUUGAUAGACUGCCAGUCCUACGCUGCAAUGCUCGAACACUGCACGUAUUCAGAUAUGGUCCAAAGGCAGCAGAAGUCCUAUGCAAAGCCUUGUCAAAGGCUUUGGUUGUGUACUAUCCUCUGGCAGGGAGGCUGAAUGUUUCUGCAGAAAACCAGCUUCAGGUUGCAUGUUCUGGAGAAGGCAUUUGGUUUGUAGAGGCAUCGGCAAAUUGCUCACUGGAGGCAGUAAAUUUUUUUGAUGAUAUGGCAGCUAUUCCAUUCGAUAAGCUUCUACCUGAUCCUCCUCAAGAAAUUGAUCCACUGGUCCAAAUGCAGAUAACACAAUUCGAAUGUGCUGGAUUCGUUGUUGGCCUCAUAUUUAGCCAUAGUAUUUGUGAUGGACUUGGAGCAGCCCAAUUCCUGAAUGCAGUGGGAGAAUUAGCUAAAGGUGUUGAGCAACUCAGCACCAAUCCAGUGUGGUGUCGAGACUUCCUUCCACCUCCCUCACUACAUUUUCAUGCCAAUUCAUUGCCUGCCGAUAUGCCACUAGCACCCCCAAUUCCCGAUUAUCAGCUGGAGCAUGCCAAUAUAGAUAUUUCACAAGACCAAAUCAAUGAUCUCAAACAAAAUUUUCGAGAAUUAACUGGCAAGAAUUGCUCUUCCUUCGAAAUUGUAGCUGCCAGCCUGUGGAGUCGCCGAGCACGUGCAAUUAAUCUGAAUGAUGAUACAGAUAUGACCCUGGUGUUUUUCGCAAAUUGUCGCCACCUCCUGAAUCCACCAUUGCCUGUCGGUUUCUACGGCAACUGUUUCUUCCCAGUGACCAUAACAGUUUCAAAUCAGAUUAUAAAAAAAGCAUCAAAUGCUGAAAUUGUGAAAUUGAUUCAAAAGGCUAAAGCUGGCUUACCAAAUGAAUUUGGAAAAUGGGUUAACGGUGAGCUGAUAACGGAUCCGUUCACACCUCCUCUUGUUUACACGACAAUGUUCAUAUCCGAAUGGGGAAGACUUGGGUUUAACCAGGUUGAUUACGGGUGGGGACCUCCUGUGCAGGUUGUUCCGAUACAGGGUUCCAGUCUCAUCCCUGUUGCCAUUAUUGGCUCAGUGCCUUCGACAAGAAAAGGAGUCCGAUUAAUGACAUGGUGCGUUGAGAAGGCACAUCUUCAGCCUUUUGUUAAACAAAUGAUAAGACUCUGA